ACGCGCACCUACCACCGCACGAACAACCUCUGCCCGAUACGACAGAUGAGGAGGAGGAGGAAACACGAUCACGAACCAUGGCGCUGGGAAGCGGCUCCACCCAAGAGUGGGCGGGAAGCCAAUUGUAUGGGAGCCAUGAGAGCACGUAUCUGCAGUCGUACGCCGAACUCCUGCAAGAGGGCCUGCACGACAACGAUGUCGAUAGCGGCGUGAAUCUGUCAUUCGGGCCCUCUAGCGAGAGCUCGCCGGCUGCCACAUGGACAGUUCUCGUAAAAUCGCACCCUGACAACGACGUUGGGCAAGUGACGGCGGUCAGCAGAUCUGCAAAGGGUUCAUCUGAAGGAUGGGAGGCAUCGGAUAAUAGAAAGGAUCCUUCGAGACUGCAGUCGUUGUCACCAUCAACAACACUUGUUGCCUGCGGUUGUCCACAGUGGAUGAGGUCUCCGUUUCCGUUGUCGGGAGGUUCCAGCACGGGCCGCCGUGCACCUGAGUGCGGGGCGACAGACGCUGACUUCACGGGCGAGCUGCGUGGGCAGCAAGAGGAGUGGAUAACUCGGGGGGUGCAGCGACUGCACGUGGGGGAGCAGGACGCGGAGAAGGAGCCACCAGUGUUGGACGCCGACGAUUACGGGGACGUCGACAACGACGACGAAUGGCAGGUUGACGGCGCCGGGUACGUUUCGCCGUUCAAGAAUAAAUACAUGGGCUGUCGGGGCAGGAACAACACGGCAUUUGCUUUCAUGAAGGGUCGUCGGGGGAAAAAAGUGGCGCCUGCGGGAAGCGAGGUUGAAGGUGGCAACAGCAACAAAGAAGACGAUAGCUCCACGGAAGGUUCUUCACCGACGACGGGUAGCCCUGGCGGGUUCCGCAAGAGGAAUAAUAUGAGGCAGCAGACUUUUGAGGCCCUGACGGAGUGCAUGGAGAAGCACGGGACACUAAUGGCGACAACGAUGAAGAGCGCUAGCAAGAGGCAGUGCUCCAUCCAAAUGUGGUUGUGCGAAGCGUUGGAUGUGGAGGUUGAGGUGAAGAAAAAGCACUACUCGACGUCGGACAAAGUGGGCAAGCUGAUGUGCCAUGCACUGAUGGAGAGCGAAAGCUAUUUGGGAGCGGUAGACGAGGGGCUCUUGCUCGGGCGGACGGAGAUGUGGGACCGGCUGCCUGGCCUUCCCCGAACGCUUCGACCAUGUCAUCUCGCGGCGGUGGUCGUGGCAAGAAGAGGGACAGUAACGCAGGUGAUGCAUCGGCGCUGGAGAAGAGAGGACGACAUGUCGCGAAGAAGAGGAAGGUUGUUGUGGGGGGGGGCUUCCAUCGAAGGAGGCUUGAGGGGAGACGAGUGGGUGAGGGAUCGAACAACCUUCGAUGCCGACGACAAAUUCGAGGAGGCGGAGGCGGUGGGCGCUGCGAGAAAAGUGUCGAAGCGCGCACAAGGCGGGGUCCGAAUAGACAACGCGGGGGCGCAAGGAGUCAUCGACGUGGUCGCCGUUGCUAUGCCGACGGAGGGGGCUCAGACAGCACGUGUGGGGGGAAGUGCCACGAGAACACGUGUCGCUACACCACAAGAGGGGCAGCAGUCCGGAUGGGGUCCUUCUACCCGCACCACCCCACGUGGACAGACACUUCCGGAGGGUGGGGAGGGUGUGAAUGCAGAGGUGCAAGGGAGCGGCCAGGGAGUGCAACACGCACCCCUGGCGGGGUCUUCGAGAGCAGGGGUGCCUGCAACGCCUGGGUAAAGUUGUGGAGAUGGCGACAACGACAAGU